AUGGCUACCCAACGUUACCAACCCGCCGCUCUUCCCAUAAAUGUCCCCUCCAAGGCUCCUGCCCCGGCUAGCCUCUAUCCCGUCAGCCGGGUGGCUGGCUCCCCACCAGAGCUCUCCGAUACCAGCACCACUGCGGGAAGUCGCACCUCGGGACUCAGUUACACUUCUGGCAGUCUCAGUGGCGACUACGAGUCCAGCUCGGCCUCGUACUCCGGAGUUGAUGUCGUCGAAGUCUUGAGUGACCGCAUGCAGAAUGCAUUUGAUCCGACCCCAUUGGACAAGGGACUCGCCAUGCAGGCGCAGGCGUCCGGCCAGCUGAACGCAAAGCAACGCGAGCUGCUAGAAUUACAGGCUCUUGCGCAGCGACGCCUAAAGGGUGCUCGUGCCAAUUUUUCCGAGGGCAUCAAAGUCGCCAGAGAGACCAAGCGUGACUUGGAAUGGACUCAGAAGCGUGUGACUGCGUUGAAGUCGAAAGCGGAGAAUGCACACCCUGAGGAAUACCGACGAGCAUCGAACAAAUACACCUAUGACGACGAGUAUUGA